AUGGAUGCUGUAUCUGAUGUUCAAAACAAAACAUUGGUCUCUUUGAUGACCGUAGUAACACAAUUAACGGAGAUAUGUCUUAAGCCAUUAGGCCAAUCCUCUCUGGGAGGAAUGUUGUUUGGCCCUUCAGCUUUAGGGCACAUAAAGGUUGUACACAAAACCUUGUUCCCGGUAAAGGGUAGUCUUGUGCUUAAAACACUUUCAUAUUUUGGCCUCAUGUUCUACUACUUCUUAUGGAGUGUUAGAUUAGAUCUUUACACGGUGUUGAAGACAGAAAAGGUAGCUGUGGUUCUUGCUAUAUCUGUAUCCAUAUUUACAUUUCUUAUCCCUACUGGACUCUCGCUCCUGUUGAAGACCUAUGUUGCAAUGGAAAAAGAAGUUGCAGACUCACUUCCAUAUAUCGGUAUCUCACAGACCUAUACUAUAUUCAUUAGCAUAGCAGUGCUCUUGACGGAUCUCAAAGUCCUUAAUACUGACAUAGGACGAUUAACCAUAUCAGUAGCAAUUCUUACUGAUAUGACUGGCAUGGUUUUGUCAAUGUUUACUUUUGCAGUAAUUCAGUAUACGGACGGUGAUAUUCUCAUACUAGUAUUUGCUGCUCUAUCCUCAUUUGUAUUCCUGCUUCUUAUUGUAUUUAUGAUGAGGCCAAUGAUACUUUGGAUGGUAAAGAACCCAGGAAAAGGUUCGACUAAUGAAAUUUGCACUGUCUGUAUCUUUGUCUUCGUUAUCCUUUCUGGACUUGUCAGUGAACUAAUCGGACAGCAUUUUUCCAUGGGACCGAUAAUUUUAGGUCUGUCUCUUCCAGAAGGGCCACCCAUAGGAACAUCUUUGAUGAAAAAACUUGAGAUAAUGUGUGUGGAUUUUCUUUAUCCAAUCAGCCUAGCUGUUAACGGAUUGGUGGUUGAUAUAUUCAAUAUAAACAUUAAUUCUCUAUGGAUUAUAUGCCUCGUUAUAGUUGUGGGUUUCUUUGUAAAGAUUGGUGCUGUCAUGUUGCCAGGAUACUAUUUGAAUAUAUCCAUGAAAAAAUGUUGGAUCAUUGGUCUCCUUCUAAAUGGAAGGGGUAUAUGUGAGCUUGUCCUCUUCAAUCUGUGGUUGGAAAGUCAGAUAAUAAAUGAAGACGAGUUCUCUGUGAUGGUUAUCUCUGUUAUAGUAAUAAAUGUUAUCUUAGUAACAGUCGUAAAAUUCAUGUACGACCCUUCAAAACCAUAUGAUAAUGUAAGCAGAUGUACAAUUCAACAUAGUACAAGAGAUUCUGAGCUCCGAAUUAUGGUGUGCAUUGACGACAAGGAAACACUCCCUACAAUCCUGAACCUGUUAGAAGCCUCCUAUGCUACUAGAGAAAGCACGAUUGAGGUUACAGCGUUAGUCCUAGUUGAGCUUCAAGGAAGAGCCAGACCUGUUCUUCUUUCUAACCAAUCCCAUGAGAGUACACAUCAGGUCUUAUACGACUCAAAUCAUAUGGAUAACGCCUUGAGGCAAUACGCACAACAAAAUGAAGAACAUGUCUCCAUGAAAUCUUACACUUCAAUCUCCUUAUUUGAAACGAUGCAUGAUGAUAUUUGUAGAAUAUCACUGGAACGCGAGGCUAACAUUUUGAUCAUGCCGUUCCAUAAGAGGUGGGAAAUCGAUGGCACUGUUGAGGUUGCACAUAGGUCUAUCAGAACCAUGAACAUUAAAGUCCUCCAAAAGGCACCGUGUUCUGUGGGAAUUCUAGUUGAUAGGGGCAUCUUGGGGGCCACUCCUUCACUCUUGGGGGGAAGAGAACCAUAUUACGUUGUUGUGUUUUUCAUUGGUGGUGCAGAUGACGUUGAGACACUGGCUUAUGGCGCUAGAAUGGCUAGGCAAGAGUAUGUGUGGGUAACUGUGGUUAGGUUCCUUCUAUUUGGUGAGGAAAAUUCUAAGGACAGAAAACGUGACAGUGAUCUUAUAGAUGAAUAUAGAUACCACAAUGCUGGAAAUAAUAGGUUUGAGAUUUUGGAUGAAGUUGUGAAAGAUGGGAUAGAUAUGUCUAUAUGCAUAAGAAGAUUGGUGGAUUAUUUUGAUCUUGUGAUGGUGGGGAGGCGACAUUCACAAUAUGCUAUUCUUCAAGGACAUGAUAAUUGGAGUGAGUGUGAAGAGUUAGGGGUUAUUGGGGACAUGCUAGCAUCACCAAAUUUUGUCACCAAGGCAUCGGUGUUGGUCAUACAACAACAGAGAAUAAGAGGGAGAGUUAUCAAACCUACUGUCAAUUUGAAUCAGAUGUCAAAAGAUCAACUCAUGCAUAGUGUUCCAACUAACGACUCGUUAAGUCCUUCAUGUACUAUUUUUGUCGACAAGAAUGACAAAAUGUAA